UUACUGCUGGAGGUUUCACAGCUGGAACUGCUCUUAGGGCCCUGUCCUCUGGUUAGGUUUUUCUUGAUCAGAGCUCUGAUUUUAGCAGCAGGAGGACGAAGUUGUUUAUUUUGUUAGCAGCAGCAGUAGCAAGAGGACGAAGAGAUACUUGUGCCGCACUCGGAUUUGGUCGAAGGCCCUGAGCCUAUGGAAGUAGCCCAAGUGGAGCCGGCUUGUACAGUUGAUAGUCAGCCAGUGAAGGAUCCGCCAGUGAUGAGAUUCACUUGGACAAUUGAGAACUUUAGUAGGUUGAACACCAAGGAGCACUACUCUGACAUGUUCGUUGUUGGCGGCUAUAAAUGGCGGAUACAAAUAUUUCCCAAGGGAAAGAAAGUGGACUACUUGUCAAUGUAUUUGGAUGUGGCAGAUUCCGGGACAUUGCCAUAUGGGUGGAGUACAUAUGCGCACUUCAGCUUGGCCGUAGUUAAUCAGAUCUAUUCCAAGUACUCAAUAAGAAAGGACACACAACACCAGUUCAAUGCAAGAGAAAGUGACUGGGGAUUCACUUCAUUCAUGCCUCUUGGUUAUCUUUAUGACCCGAGUAGGGGAUAUCUGGUGAACGAUACAGUUGUGGUUGAAGCUGAGAUUUCUGUCCUUAGGGUUCUUGGUUACAGGUCGUAUGACUCAAAAAAGGAAACUGGUUAUGUUGGGCUCAAGAAUCAGGGAGCAACUGGUUAUAUGAGUUCUCUACUCCAGACUUGGUACCAUAUACCAUACUUCAGAAAGGCUGUGCAUCAUAUGCCAACAACUGAGAAUGACAUGCCUACAGGAAGCAUCCCUUUGGCACUACAACGUCUAUUCUAUAAACUUCGAUACAGUGAAAGCAGUGUUGCAACUAAAGAAUUGACCAAAUCCUUUGGAUGGGAUACAUAUGAUUCUUUUAUGCAACAUGAUGUGCAGGAACUUAAUAGAGUUCUUUGUGAAAAGCUUGAAGAUAAAAUGAAGGGAACUGUUGUGGAGGGUACAAUACAGCAGUUGUUUGAAGGACAUCACAUGAAUUACAUUGAAUGCAUCAAUGUGGAUUACAAAUCUACAAGAAAGGAAUCAUUUUAUGACCUACAGCUUGAUGUGAAAGGCUGUCGGGAUGUUUAUGCUUCUUUUGACAAGUACGUGGAAGUUGAACGUCUUGAGGGUGACAAUAAAUACCACGCCGAAGAACAUGGUUUGCAGGAUGCUAAGAAGGGUGUUCUGUUUAUUGACUUCCCUCCCGUUCUUCAACUUCAGCUAAAGCGAUUUGAAUAUGAUUUUAUGCGGGACACUAUGGUUAAGAUAAAUGAUCACUAUGAAUUUCCUCUUCAACUUGACCUGGAUAGGGAGAAUGGAAAAUAUCUAUCACCUGAAUCAGAUAAGAGUGUUCGCAACCUCUACACUCUUCAUAGUGUCUUGGUGCAUAGUGGUGGGUUGCAUGUUGGACAUUACUAUGCUUUCAUCAGACCAACCCUCUCAGACCAGUGGUACAAAUUUGAUGAUGAACGUGUGACAAAAGAGGAUGUGAAGAGGGCUUUAGAAGAGCAGUACGGUGGUGAGGAAGAGUUGCCACAGACCAAUCCUGGCUUCAACCAUACUCCUUUCAAAUUUACAAAAUACUCAAAUGCAUACAUGCUUGUGUAUAUACGGGACAGUGAUAAGGACAAAAUAAUAUGUAACGUGGAUGAGAAAGACAUAGCGGAACAUCUAAGGAUAAGGUUGAAGAAAGAACAAGAAGAGACAGAGGACAAAAGGAGAUAUAAGGCACAAGCACACCUCUAUAGAAUUAUUAAGGUUGCUCGAGAUGAGGAUCUGACAGAGCAAAUUGGAAGGGAUAUUUAUUUUGACCUUGUGGACCAUGACAAAGUUCGUAGUUUCCGUAUUCAGAAUCAAACGCCCUUUAAUCUUUUCAAGGAGGAGCUUGCGAAAGAGUUUGGCAUACCAGUGCAGUUUCAACGUUUCUGGAUUUGGGCCAAGAGACAAAAUCACACAUAUCGCCCCAACCGACCAUUGACACCUCAGGAAGAAACACAAUCAGUUGGACAAUUGAUAGAGGUAUCAAAUAAAACACACAAUGCAGAGCUAAGGUUGUUUCUGGAAUUAGAGUUUGGGCCGGAUCUACGUCCUAUUCCUCCACCUGACAAAACCAAGGAAGAUAUCCUUCUUUUCUUUAAGCUUUAUGAGCCUGAGAAACGAGAACUACGUUUUGUUGGUAGGUUUUUCGUGAAGAGUUCUAGUAAACCAGAAGAGAUUUUAGGAAAAUUAAAUCAACUGGCUGGUUUUACCCCUGAUGAAGAAAUUGAGCUUUAUGAGGAACUAAAGUUUGAGCCUUGUAUCAUGUGCGAACACCUUGACAAGAGGUUCUCAUUUCGAACAAGUCAGAUUGAAGAUGGGGAUAUUAUUUGCUUUCAGAAGUCUACUCCCCUUGAAACUGAAGAAGAAUGUAAAUAUCCUGAUGCUCCUUCAUUUUUGGAAUACGUACACAAUCGCCAGGUUGUUCAUUUCCGUUCUUUGGAGAAACCUAAGGAGGAGGAUUUCAGUUUAGAAUUGUCAAAGCUACACACUUACGAUGAUGUGGUGGAGAAUUUGGCUCCCCAAAUUGGUUUGGAAGAUCCCACCAAAAUCAGACUCACUGCACAUAACUGCUAUUCUCAGCGACCUAACCCCCAACCAAUUAAAUUUCGGGGUGUAGAGCAUUUAACUGAUAUGUUAGUUCAUUACAAUCAAAGCUCUGAUAUUUUGUAUUAUGAAGUCUUGGACAUCCCCCUGCCAGAAUUGCAAGGCCUAAAAAAUCUAAAAGUUGCUUUUCAUCAUGCUACAAAAGAUGAGGUGGUGAUUCACAAUAUUAGAUUGCCCAAACAGAGCACUGUGGGGGAUGUCAUUAAUGUACUUAAAACGAAGGUAGAGCUGUCUCAUCCAAAUGCAGAACUCCGACUGCUUGAGGUUUUCUAUCACAAGAUUUACAAGAUCUUCCCGCACAGUGAGAAAAUUGAGAAUGUAAAUGACCAGUACUGGACUUUGCGUGCAGAGGAGAUUCCAGAAGAAGAGAAAAACUUGGGUCCCCAUGAUCGCUUGAUUCAUGUUUACCACUUUACAAAAGACACUGCACAGAACCAGAUGCAAGUGCAAAAUUUUGGGGAACCUUUCUUCUUAGUCAUCCAUGAAGGUGAAACUUUAGCUGAAGUUAAAGAACGGAUACAAAAUAAAUUGCGGGUCCCCGAUGAGGAGUUCGCGAAGUGGAAGUUUGCUUUCUUGUCACUUGGUCGUCCUGAGUACUUGCAGGAUUCUGAUGUUGUUUCCAGCCAUUUUCAGAGAAGAGAUGUUUAUGGUGCAUGGGAGCAGUACCUUGGGUUGGAGCACUCUGAUGAAACUCCUAAGAGGGCUCACGCAGCAAAUCAAAGCAGAGAUAAAUAUGCUGCAUGGGAGCAGUACCUUGGGUUGCAGAACUCUGAUAAAGCUCCUAAGAGGGCUCGCGCGGCAAAUCAAGCAAGUGCUGUUGCGGCAAAUCAAGCAAGUGCUGUUGUAAAUAUCUCUUUUCCAACCACUAUGGGCCAUGCAGAACCAACUCCACAAGAAGACGCUGCCCUAGUAACCUUAGAGUCCAUAGCGUCUAAUGUCGGCCAUGAGACAGCAAGCAGAGAAAUUGAAAUGCAAAAUGAUGACCUGGAUGGCCCUGCUUCUCCAGCAGUUGAUCGAACUCUGAGAAGACUUUCUGCUGCAGAGGAUCUAUUGAAGUCCACUUCAGCCAGAGAACCAUCAGUAGAGGCUUUGGCUGCAUUAGACACUGUGAGCCGCUAUGCAAGGAGCAGCCUAGACACUCUCAGCACGAAUGGGGCAUAUGAGGAGUUCAAAGCAGCCUUGAAACUCUUGACUGAACAAGGGAUGAUCCAUUCAACGAUCACUUCCAUGCUCAAGGAUCUUCUUUCGUCUUUGGAGGGUGAAAUGCCGAAGUACAUGGCUGCAGUAAAAGAGCUUGCCGAAGCUGAAAAUUUUCCAAUCGAACACGAAGAGAUAAAAGUUAAAAUGGGACUGGCCAUGCAGAUAUGCCAAGAGAGAAAAGACAUUGUGGCUAAUUAUGAUGCCAAGGUUACAGAACUAGAGGCUGAACUGGCCCGAGUUAAAGCCCAACUGGCGCAAGUAAAGGCGGAACAAGCUGAGGCAAUGGCGAAUCUAGACACUGCCGUGGAUGAAAUGGAACCUCUUAAGCAGAGGUUUGCAGAUAACUCUUUAAAAUCUGAAAACUUGAUCGUGAGGCAGGCUACCUUGACAUUACAAAAUUGUGGCUCUGUUGGAACCUGGGCCGUCCUACAAGAUGUACUGAAGAAGUACUUUAAGUUUUAGAAAUAUUUGCUUUUGUGAAUAAGCCCUUUCGUGGCUCAAAAGUUUGUAUGAACAUGCAAAGAAGUGAACAAGUCGUGCAAAAUUCAGCUAGCUUUUUUCGUUACA